AUGUACGCAGGCAGGCAAGGUGAGGAGGGCAAGGUGGCUGCCAGCCAUCUGCCAUGGGUGGAGAAGUACCGUCCUAGCACACUGGAGAGCGUCGUCGCACACGAGGACAUUCUCAGCACGUUACGGCACCUCAUGAAUAGCGGUAACAUGCCUCACCUGCUGCUCUACGGUCCGCCUGGUACUGGUAAGACGACCACCAUUAAGGCAUGUGCGUACUAUCUCUACGGUAAGGAUCGAGUGCGCGCGAACGUGCUUGAGAUGAACGCGUCCGAUGACCGUGGCAUCGACGUGGUGCGCCAGCAGACUCGCGAGUUCGCUAGUACCACUUCCAUAUUUUCCGUAAUGGGCUCCAGCAGCUCAACUGGAAGCGGAAGCGGUGGCUCGGCGGUAAAGUUUAAGCUUGUGAUCCUUGACGAGGCAGAUCAGAUGUCCCACGAUGCCCAGGCGGCGCUGCGUCGCGUUAUCGAGAAGUACACGCGCAACGUGCGCUUCUGCCUCCUCUGCAACCACAUCAACAAAAUCAUUCCCGCUCUGCAGUCUCGGUGCACUCGCUUCCGCUUCGCACCAGUGAAGAAGUCGGCGAUGAUGCCGCGCCUCCGGUACGUUGCAGAGCACGAAGGCGUCAAGUAUACGACGGACGGGCUGGCGGCCGCGUACCGCCUCAGCCAAGGCGAUUUGCGCCGGUGCCUCAACACCAUGCAGGCCUCGGCUCUCUCUGCAAAUGAGAUUACGGAAGAGUCUGUCUACCGAGUCACCGGGAACCCGACCCCUGCGGACGUGACGACGAUCGUGUCGCACAUGCUUUCUAGCGACUUCGCGACAAGCUGGAUCAAGACAGAGGAGGCUGUUACGCAGAAAGGUAUCUCCAUGGCGGACUUGACUCGCGAGAUCCAUCCCGUCGUGAUGGCCAUGGACUUGCCUCAGGACUGCAAGUGUUUUCUGCUCAUGAAGCUUUCGGACCUCGAGUACUACGCGGCCGGCGGGGCGCGUGAGUCGGCUGGCCUUGGUGGGCUGCUGGGGGCCUUUCAGCUUGUCAAGGAGACCGUUACGCAGCGCAAGCCAAUCAAGGAUGUGGCCGGAGACUGCGCGUUCUAA